GGACAGCAGCAAGCACUCAUCUCAGGAGGCAGGGGUUUCCACUUGUGCCACCAAGAUGAACUACGGGAGCAGCUCUUAUGCUUCUGGUCCUAGGAGUGCGACUAGGAGGUCUUUUGAGUACGGGAGAACCUAUGUGGUCAGACCAAAGGGAAGGCACCAGGCCACUAUAGUGUGGCUUCAUGGUCUAGGUGAUAAUGGAGCGAGCUGGUCCCAGCUCUUGGAAACUCUUCCUCUUCCAAAUAUUAAAUGGAUAUGCCCCACUGCUCCUACCCGACCUGUGGCAGCUUUCGGUGGAUUCCCGUGCACUGCCUGGUUUGAUGUUAGGGACCUUUCAGACGAUGGUCCUGAUGAUGUUGAAGGAAUGGAUGUUUCAGCUGCGCAUGUUGCAAACCUCUUGUCAACCGAGCCUGCUGAUGUAAAACUCGGUAUUGGUGGCUUUAGCAUGGGUGCUGCAACUGCCCUAUACUCUGCCUCUUGCUACGCUUAUGGUAGAUAUGGAAACAGUAAUCUGUAUCCGGUCAACUUAAGUGCAGUUAUUGGUCUAAGUGGCUGGCUUCCAUGUUCUAGGACCUUGAAGUACAAGGUGGAAAGUUCACAAGAUGCUGCGAGGCGGGCUGCCUCCUUGCCUCUUCUGGUCUGUCAUGGAAGAGAGGAUGAUGUGGUCCUCUACAAACAUGGGGAAAGAUCUGCUGAGGUUUUAAGAUCAUCUGGAUUUCGGAAUUUAACGGUCAAAACUUACAAUGGGCUUGGCCACUACACGGUCCCUGAAGAAAUGGAUGAUGUUUGCAAGUGGCUUGCUGCAAGGUUGGGGCUAGACAGGUCCCGCUCAUAACUGGGGAGUUUCGGUAGGUCUUUCUCUGAUAACACCAUCAAAUGGGGGAAAAGAGGUGUCUAAUAACUGCGAUGAGUAGACACGCACGCACGCACAACACACACAUUCACAUGCUUGUUUCCUCGGCUGGUUGGCUUGGGAUAUCUAUGGCAAUAUCACUCUUUCAGAUGUUAUGUAAUGUUAAGCGCCUAUUUCCUGGUGGUUGAGACUCCCCAGCAAUGGUAAAAUUUGUAUGUUGUUAAUUUUAAUCAACAUCGAUCCUCUAUGCAAACUGCAGUAUUAUUAGUUAUAUUUGAGCUCAUUGAAU